CCCAGGUGUCUGGCCCCUACAGUCUGAGACGCAGGUCAUUUAUAUUUGAGAAAUAGUUUGACAACUUGAGAGUGGACAAUUAAAGAUCGCCAUAUUAAUUCAUGACCUGUCCUUUUGAAACAUUUUUUAUAGUGUAACUGCACUAGACUGAGAAUGAUUGGCAGUUGAUAAGAUACCUGGAUUUAGAUUACUUUACAUAUCCUAGAGAAAAGAUUAAUCAAGGACUCUCACACUGAUUGUGGAAAACCCAGCCACUUGAUUAAUCCAGGGAACCUCACUGGAAAGAGUUUUAAAUACGCCAUUAUCUUCAAAUGCUGCUGAAAAUAUUCCUCAACUUCCUCUUCAUCCACAGCCUGGUUCUGAGUUCAUCCUCGGAGGAGGAGGACACAGGGAGCAGUGAGAAUGAGAGUGAGGAACAUCACCCCAAGGGUGCAGCUCAUGGACACUGGGGAUAUGAAGAUCAGGACGAAUGGCCGGCUGCCUUUCUGAAUUGCAGUGGAAAGUCCCAGUCCCCCAUUAACAUUGACACAAAGGCAGCCAUCUAUGACCCGAGACUGCCAUCUAUAGCUUUGGAAGGCUAUGAUCUGACAGAUGGGUCAUCACUGAUGCUGUUAAAUAAUGGACAUACCUUGCAACUGAGUCUACCAAGUACCAUGCACAUUGUCAGCGGCUUUGACCAUGUUUACGUAGCAGCCCAGUUGCACUUCCACUGGGGGACUGUUGAGGUGCCCGGCUCCGAACACACUGUUGAUAACAUCCACUUCCCCGCAGAGAUCCACAUAGUUCAUUACAACUCUAAAUAUGCCAAUCUGUCGGAGGCAGCCAACAAACCUGAUGGCUUGGCAGUACUAGGUGGCUACAUUGGGGUCGGUCUCCAUGAAAAUGCAAACUAUGAGAAAAUCCUAUCAGCGCUCACUGAUAUCAGCAUUGAAGAGUCAAACACUCAGAUCCCAGGCUUCAACAUGCGUCAUCUACUGCCCAAAAACCUGAAACAUUUCUAUAGGUACAAUGGCUCCCUGACAACUCCACCUUGUUUCCAGACGGUCAACUGGACAAUUUUCAACGACACCAUCACUGUGUCCAGGAAACAGUUGGCAGCUUUGGAGGACACUCUGAAGGUGGGACUUAGUCAGCACCUAAACAAGAACUUUCGAGCUCCACAGUCUCUUCAUGGCAGACAAGUUCUGGCUUCUUUCACAGAUGUCUCUGUUCCCGAAGGUCGUGUGCUUGUAGAAUUGGAUCAAGAGCCAGAUACCUUAAAGAAACACAUGAGAAGCUCUUCUGAAACUUCGGAUGGGCUGUCAAAAGGUGAUAUUCUUGCCAUUGCUUUUGGAGCCCUUUUUGGAACAACCUUGCUGUUAUUCACAGCCUAUGCAUACCAACAGCGUAAAAAAUACUCAGAUGUUAAAAAGGAUCCCAAACAUAACGUUAUGUACAAGCCAGCAACCAAAGAAGAAGUAUAGUAGAGAGGAUUCAACAGUCACAUUUGUUUUUGAAAAUAUUUUUUACAGAUAUAGAAGCAAAAAGUUCUUUAUAUAGUCACAUUUGUCACUGACAUUAACCAUUGUAUGUGAAAUAUGCAGAUAAAAUGCAGCAGUUCCAAGUAAACAUUUUAUUUAAAACUAAAUCCCGAUUAUUUAACAGUUUGUACAAUUUAUGGUGGUGAGACGGUGGCAAAAUGUAUUUGAUUUGAAUGAAACAGCAGUAUCAGCAGCCUAUUAGAUGUACAGGGCUUUUUAUUAUACCUUUUUUCCACAUUUUUGACCAUUGAGUACUCAAGAAAUCCAUGUGUUCCAUAAAGUUGGAUACCUGCAGGAGAAAGUGUUGAAUUGCAUUGGAAUUUGGUUGCAUGUGGUUUUUAUUAGUGAGUAUUAUAUGUGUAUGUUAUGUUUUUGUUAUUAUUGUCCUCAAAAAUAACAUUUUGUAGUUUACAGUUACUUUCUAUCUAGGCUUUACACAACUGUAUUUUGAAGCUAAAUAUAACCUUGAAAUGUUCAAUAAAUGUGUCACGUUGUAGAUCU